AUGGCGAGCAGCAACGAGGAGCUGCUCCGGCGCCCUCUCUACGUCUAUGACCUUCCCGGUCAAGUGUUGGAAACGUUGACGCUCAAGGACGACGCCGACACGGCCGGAGUCGUGGGCAGAGAACCGUCUCCGGCGCCGAGCUCAAGCGUCGCGGCCGACAAUUCCGUUGGCUCCCAAUCUUGCUCUUUAUGCGGCUUGGCCUUCACUGCUGUUCUGGAUCAGCGCAGCCACCUCAAGUCCGAUCUCCACCACUACAACCUCAAGCAGAAGAUGCGGGGGCAGAAGCCUGUCUCCGAGGCAGAGUUUGACAAGCUGAUCGGGGACCUGGACGAGUCGCUGUCGGGGUCCGACUCGGACGACUCUGACGACGACGAAGAUGAUGGGCGUCCAGAGUCGACACUGACAGCCCUGCUGAAAAAGCAAGCCCGUCUGGCCGACAGGAGAGGCGACACAGAAGGCAACGACCCGGGCGAGGGCAGCGCAGGCAGACGCAACCGGGCUAAGCCGCCUCUGCUCUGGUUCAGCUCGCCCAUUCUCCCUGCCAAGACGUACUUUGGCCUAUAUCGGGCCAUUCUGACGGGCGAGGACCAGCGCAAUGCUGAUCUCGUCCAAGUCCUCAAGCAGAAGCAGGUCGCACCCAUAUCAAUGCCAAACCGUGCCAAGGACGGAACGCUACCGCCAGUGGCAUACAAGGGACCGCAUGUCUUCCUCUGCAUGAUAGGCGGCGGCCACUUCGCUGCCAUGGUGGUCUCCUUGGCCCCUCGCUCGUCCAAGGGGGGAGGAACAUCUAUGAACAGAGAGGCCACCGUGCUGGCCCACAAAACCUUUCAUCGAUAUACCACGAGACGGAAACAGGGUGGUUCCCAGUCGGCAAACGACAACUCCAAGGGCAAUGCCCAUUCUGCCGGUUCCAGCUUGCGCCGAUACAACGAGCAAGCGCUGGUCACUGAUGUUAGAGCCCUUCUUGGAGAUUGGAAAGCACUGCUAGACACGUCGGAGCUCCUCUUCAUUCGCGCCACUGGGACCACGAACCGGAGAACGCUCUUUGGCCCAUACGAGGGACAGGUUCUGCAGCACAACGACACGCGCCUCCGCGGCUUUCCCUUCAACACGAGGCGUGCUACCCAAAAUGAGCUUAUGCGGUCCUUCAUCGAGCUCACCCGCCUCAAGGUCCGAGAGUUUGAUCCCGCCCAGGAGGCCAAGGAGGAGCAGCCAGCGUUGGCGCCGACAAAGGCGCCGAGCUCCAAGCCGACCAAACCCAAGUUAUCAGAGGAGGAGGAAACAGCGCUCUUGCACACCUCGCAGCUGCAGGCAUUUAUUCGACGCUCGAAGCUGCCUGCUCUUCUCGUGUACCUCGGCAACAAUAACCUGAGCCCGGACUUUGAAUUUCAACCGUCGGACCAGCAUCAUCGCACGCCUCGGCCACUCCACCUUGCGGCCACUCAGAACUCGGCACCUUUGGUUCUGGGAAUUCUGACCAGAGCAGGCGCCGACCCGCUCGUAAAAACCGUCGAGGGAAGAACCGCGUUUGAGCUCGCAGGAGAUCGGUCGACACGUGACGCGUUUCGUGUUGCGAGAUCGGAGCUGGGCGAAAGCAAAUGGGCGUGGGACGAAGCAAAGGUGCCGUCGGCGAUAACCAAGGCGGAGGCCGACCGCAGAGAGGAGCGGGAGAAGAAAGACGCGGAGAGGAAGGAGUCGGAAAGGCGAAAGGCCGAGGAAGAGCGGCUGCGGUCUGAAGGCCCGUUGGUAGCUGACAAGAAACCCAGGGGCAACACUCUGGGAAACGCACUCACCAAGACGCCCCAAGAGCGCCGAGAGGAAGAAGCACGAGGACUGACACCCGAGAUGAGCAUGCGGCUCGAGCGGGAGAGGAGGGCCAGGGCGGCCGAGGAGCGGCUGCGGAAGAUGACGAGCGAUCGAUGA